AUGGCUCCUCGGACUCUACUAUCUAACACUGAAAAGAACCCAAAGGAAACAAUCAAAGUUGUAUUUCUAAGAAGUGGCAAAAUAGUGGUUGACCCAGUUAUGAAAGCUAGACCUGAGGUGGUGAACAAGCAGACUGAGACAUUGGAAGCGAAAAAGUGUAAAAUGCAGAAUGGCCAGAGUAGUGGGGUACAAGAGGAGAUUGAAGAAAGUAGACACAUGCCAGCUCUAUUAUUCCCUCAAAAGAUGAAGCGGGAAAGACUUGAUAAUUAUUUUGGGCGGUUCUUGGAGAUGCUCAAACAACUUUAUGUGAAUAUUUCUUUCACAGAGGUACUCAUUCAGAUGCCAGCGUUCUUGAAGGAAAUCCUAUCUAGCAAGAAGAAAUUAAAUGAGAUAACAGUGUCUAUGUUGAAUGUCCACUACAAUGCCAUAUUGCAAAAUAAAAUUUCCCAAAAGUGUGAGGACCCAAGAAGCUUCACCAUACCAUGCUCGUUGGGGAAUGAGAAAUUCGACAAGGCCAUCUAUGAUUCUGGUGUGUCUAUAAAUCUAAUGCCUUUGUCUGUGUUCAGAAAACUUAAAGGAAUUAUUGAGGAUAUUCUAGAAUGGGUGGACAAGUUUGUGUUCCCCGUGGACUUUAUUUUGGUCGACAUGGAGGUGAACAAGGAGGUACCUCUAAUUCUAGGAAGGCCAUUUUUAUGUACAAGCAGAGCAAUCCUUGAUAUCUAUGAGGGGCAGCUUAUGCUCAGGGUGGGAAAUGAGAAAGUAGUAUUUCAGAUGGAAAGAAUGAUGAAAUACCCCAAUGAUGAGGCGUCUGCCUACUCGUGCUUCAAACUAGAUAUUGUUGGGGAAUUGGUUGAAAAAUAUAAGCUUGAAAAUCUUGUUGGGGAUACUCUAGAGAGGUGUAUUACUCAGUCUAGUACAGUGGAUGAUGAAGAUCCUGAAAUAAAGAAAAAGGAUGAAGCUCUUGAAAUUGAGGAUCAAUUGGUUGAUGAGGAGGAACUAAAAUAG